UAUGCAGGCUCGAUGCACGGACCAGGAAGAAAGGUAGCGGAUAGCGGCAACAAUAUGGCGACAACCGCAGUUUCUGACGCGUCUUUCCGGCAUAGUUAACUGCGUGACAUCUGUACUGGAUCUUUCUACACCUGGAAAAAAUCUUAAUGGAUUAUAAAUAGAGUGCUCCACGCUGCAGGAUGCGAAGAUGGCCGCCCCCCUGUUUGCAACUCCAGGACCUGACAGUUUCAAGUACUUCACGCCCGAGAGUCUCAUUAACAUCGAAAAGCGCAUUGAGGAAGAGCGCAAGAAGAAGCCUGUCAAGCCACGCUCGGACAGCAGUCACCGCGAUGAAACGGAGGACGAUGGGCCAAAGCCCAACCGUGACCUGGAGGCAGGCAAGAGCCUGCCUUUCAUCUACGGGGACAUCCCCCCAGGCAUGACGGCCACACCGCUGGAAGACCUGGAUCCCUAUUACCAGACCAUGAAAACAUUUAUAGUACUAAACAAAGGGAAAACAAUCUUCAGGUUCAGCGCAACACCGUCAUUGUAUAUCAUUAGUCCGUUCAGUAUUUUCAGAAAAAUAGCAAUUAAAAUUUUGAUACACUCAUUAUUCAGCAUGAUCAUUAUGUGUACUAUUUUGACAAACUGCGUAUUCAUGACAUUUAGCGAUCCACCCAAUUGGUCCAAACAAGUGGAGUAUGUUUUCACUGGAAUCUACACCUUUGAAUCUCUGACAAAGAUUGUUUCCAGAGGCUUCGCUAUAGAUAGCUUCACUUUUCUCCGGGAUGCCUGGAACUGGCUGGACUUUAUGGUCAUAUCCAUGGCAUAUGUAACAGAGUUUGUGGACCUGGGGAAUGUGUCCGCGCUGAGAACAUUCAGGGUUCUGCGAGCUCUGAAAACUAUUUCUGUGAUUCCAGGCCUGAAGACCAUUGUGGGCGCUCUGAUCCAGUCAGUGAAGAAGCUGUCGGAUGUGAUGAUCUUGACAGUGUUCUGCCUGAGUGUGUUUGCGCUGAUCGGACUGCAGCUCUUCAUGGGGAACCUGCGUCACAAGUGUGUGUUCUGGCCCGUCAACCUCACUGACCCCGUCCUGGCCAACGGCAGCCGCGGCUUCGACUGGAAUGAAUACAUCAUGAACGACACUAAUUUCUACUUCCUGCCAGGCCAGCUCGACGCUCUGCUCUGUGGAAACAGCUCUGACUCGGGGCGGUGUCCAGAGGGGUUCACUUGCAUGAAAGCCGGACGGAAUCCUAACUAUGGUUACACAAGCUUCGACUCCUUUGGCUGGGCCUUCCUGACCCUCUUCCGACUCAUGACCCAGGACUUCUGGGAGAAUCUCUAUAUGCUGACUCUCCGCGCGGCGGGGAAGACGUACAUGAUCUUCUUUGUGCUGGUGAUCUUCGUGGGCUCCUUCUACCUGGUGAACUUGAUCCUGGCUGUGGUGGCCAUGGCCUACGAGGAGCAGAACCAGGCCACCAUGGAGGAGGCAGAGCAGAAAGAGGCCGAGUUCAAGGCUAUGCUGGAGCAGCUAAAAAAGAACCAGGAUGAUGCACAUGCCGCUGCCAUGGCGACGUCGGCAGGCACGGUGUCGGAGGACGCGGUGGUGGAUGGCGAUGGCGACGGCGACGGCGGCGGAGAGCGUCUGUCCCGCUCGUCCUCCGAGGUGUCCAAGCUAAGCUCCAAGAGCGCCAAGGAUCGCCGCAACCGCAAGAAGAAGUGGCGGCAGAAGGAGCAGGAGAAGGAAAAAGGCGACAGCGAGAAGGUGGUCAAGUCCGAGUCCGACGACGGCAGCAAACGCCAGGCCCCGCUUCCCGGUUACCCGCUGGGCCGCAAAACCUCCGGCAUGAAUCAGUCUCUGCUCAGCAUCCCUGGAUCGCCCUUCAUGUCACGCCACAACAGCCGCAGCAGCAUCUUCAGCUUCAAGGGCCGCGGCGGCGGCGGGUGCAAAGACGUGGGCUCGGAGAACGAGUUCGCCGACGACGAGCACAGCACGGUGGAGGAAAGCGAGGACCGCCGCGGCUCCCUCUUCAUCCCCUACCGCCGCAACAGCAUCAGCGGCUACAGCCAGGGCUCCUCGCGCCUCAACCCGCUGGCGCCGCACACUGGCGGCAAGCGGAACAGCACGGUGGACUGCAACGGCGUGGUGUCUCUGAUCGGCCCCAGGGGCCCCGGGCGUCUCCUGCCUGAGACCACUGAGGUGGACUGCAAGCGGAAGCUCUCGGGUUCCCUCAUGGUGUCCGUGGAUCAGCUCAACAUGUCCUUCAGCCGGAAAGAACGAGCCAACAGCGCCAUGACUGUACACACCAACACACUGGCCGAGGAGCUUGAAGAAUCCCAAAGAAAGUGUCCGCCAUGCUGGUACAAGUUUGCUAACACAUUCCUGAUCUGGGAGUGUUUCCCAUUGUGGGUUAAGAUCAAGGAGAUAGUGAAUCUGAUCGUCAUGGACCCUUUUGUAGACCUGGCCAUCACCAUUUGCAUUGUGCUCAACACAGUCUUCAUGGCCAUGGAACAUUACCCAAUGACCCCUCACUUCGAGGAGGUGCUCUCUGUGGGAAACCUGGUGUUUACGGGUAUCUUCACGGCUGAGAUGUUUGCCAAGCUGGUCGCCAUGGACCCCUACUACUACUUCCAGGAAGGCUGGAACAUCUUUGAUGGCUUCAUUGUCAGUCUGAGCUUGGUGGAACUGGGUCUGGCUGAUGUGGAGGGUCUGUCAGUGUUGCGAUCCUUCAGAUUGUUGAGAGUGUUUAAGCUGGCUAAAUCGUGGCCAACCCUGAACAUGCUGAUCAAGAUCAUUGGUAACUCGGUGGGAGCUUUGGGUAACCUGACCCUGGUGCUGGCCAUCAUCGUCUUCAUCUUCGCCGUGGUGGGCAUGCAACUGUUCGGCAAGAGCUACAAGGACUGCGUGUGCAAGAUCGCUGUGGACUGUGUGCUGCCCCGCUGGCACAUGAACGACUUCUUCCACUCCUUCCUCAUUGUCUUCCGCGUGUUGUGCGGCGAGUGGAUCGAGACCAUGUGGGACUGCAUGGAGGUGGCCGGCCAGACCAUGUGUCUGACCGUCUUCAUGAUGGUCAUGGUCAUCGGCAACCUGGUGGUGUUGAAUCUGUUUCUGGCCUUGCUGCUGAGCUCCUUCAGCGCAGACAACCUGGCCGCGACUGAUGACGACGGUGAGAUGAACAACCUGCAGAUUUCGGUCAUCCGCAUCAAGAAGGGCAUCGCCUGGGCGAAGGUGCACAUCCGCGAUCUGGUGGCCCACGUGCUCAAGAAGAAACCCGAGGAGGACGAGGAUGAGAAGGUCAAGUGCAUCGCUAACCACCACGGCGCGGACAUCGGGCGUGGCGACAUACUGGACUACCAGAAGAAUGGCAACGGCACGACCAGCGGCAUCGGCAGCAGCGUGGGCAAGUACAUGAUUGACGAGGACCGCAUGUCUUUCAUCCACAACCCCAACCUCACAGUGCGCGUCCCCAUCGCCGUUGGAGAGUCCGACUUCGAGAACCUCAACACAGAGGACUUCAGCAGCGAGUCUGAUGUCGAGAACAGCAAAGACCUGGACGACACAAGCUCGUCAGAGGGCAGCACUAUAGACAUCAAACCUGAUGAGGACGAGAUGGCUGUUGUGGAGGUGGUGGAGGAGUAUGUGGACCCAGAAGCCUGCUGGACAGACGGUUGCGUUGCCCGAUACAAGUGCUGUGACGUGCCCAUCACUGAGGGGUGGGGCAAAUACUGGUGGUACCUGAGGAAGACCUGCUACCUGAUCGUGGAACACAACUGGUUUGAAACGCUCAUCAUCUUCAUGAUCCUGCUUAGUAGUGGUGCUCUGGCCUUUGAGGAUGUUUACAUCGAGCAGCGGAAAACCAUCCAGAUCAUUCUGGCAUAUGCUGACAGUGUGUUCACCUACAUCUUCAUCCUGGAGAUGUUGCUGAAGUGGGUGGCGUACGGCUUUCAAAAGUACUUCACCAACGCCUGGUGCUGGCUGGACUUCUUCAUUGUGGAUGUGUCAAUAAUCACCCUCAUAGCUAAUGCCUUGGGCUACUCUGACUUGGGCCCCAUUAAGUCCCUGAGGACUUUGCGGGCCCUUAGGCCUCUGAGGGCCUUGUCGCGGUUUGAGGGCAUGAGGGUAGUGGUGAACGCUCUGGUGGGCGCCAUCCCCUCCAUCAUGAACGUGCUACUUGUCUGUCUCAUCUUCUGGCUCAUCUUCAGUAUCAUGGGGGUCAACCUGUUUGCUGGAAAGUACUACUAUUGCUGGAACGAGACGUCGGAGGAGUACUUCGAUCCAGAGGAAGUCAACAACCGCACGCAGUGCUUUGAGCUGAUCAAUUCCAACCACUCAGAGGUGCGAUGGAAAAACGUCAAGAUCAACUUCGACAACGUGGGUGCAGGCUAUCUGGCUCUUUUGCAAGUGGCUACCUUCAAAGGGUGGAUGGACAUCAUGUACGCUGCAGUGGACUCCAGAAAGGUGGAAGACCAGCCUAUGUACGAGGACAACAUCUACAUGUACAUGUACUUUGUCAUCUUCAUCAUCUUCGGUUCUUUCUUCACCCUCAACCUCUUCAUUGGUGUCAUCAUCGACAACUUCAACCAGCAGAAGAAAAAGUUUGGAGGUCAGGACAUCUUCAUGACAGAGGAACAGAAGAAGUACUACAACGCCAUGAAGAAGCUGGGAUCUAAGAAGCCACAGAAGCCCAUUCCCAGACCUCUGAACAACAUCCAGGGGAAGGUGUUUGACUUUGUGACCCAGCAAGUAUUUGACAUUUCCAUCAUGAUCCUGAUCUGCCUCAACAUGGUGACCAUGAUGGUGGAAACAGAUGACCAGUCGGAGGAGACGGAGAACAUCCUCUACUGGGUCAAUUUCAUCUUCAUCGUCGUCUUCACCUCAGAGUUUGUGCUCAAACUUUUUGCACUGAGACAUUACUACUUCACCAACGGCUGGAACGUCUUUGAUUGUGUUGUGGUCAUCCUCUCUAUCGUGGGUAUGUUCCUGGCGGACCUGAUUGAGAAGUACUUUGUGUCACCGACACUAUUCAGGGUGAUCCGCCUGGCACGUAUUGGUCGUAUCCUGCGUCUCAUCAAAGGAGCCAAGGGCAUCCGAACUCUGCUCUUUGCCUUGAUGAUGUCACUCCCUGCCCUGUUUAACAUCGGGCUCCUGCUAUUUCUGGUCAUGUUCAUCUUCUCCAUCUUCGGCAUGUCCAACUUCGCCUACGUGAAGAGAGAAUUGGGCAUCGACGACAUGUACAACUUUGAGACUUUCGGCAACUCUAUGAUCAUCUUGUUCAUGAUCACUACAUCAGCUGGAUGGGAUGGACUCUUGGCCCCAAUCAUGAACUACGAUCCCGACUGCGAUCCCCUCAAAGACCAACCUGGCACGACGGUCCGAGGGAACUGUGGGAACCCUUCAGUGGGCAUCUUCUUCUUCGUCAUGUACAUCAUCGUGUCCUUCCUCAUUGUGGUCAACAUGUACAUCGCCAUCAUCCUGGAGAACUUUAGCGUGGCCACGGAGGAGAGCGCCGACCCGCUCUGUGAGGACGACUUCGAGUCCUUCUACGAGAUCUGGGAGAAGUUCGACCCGGACGCCUCGCAGUUCAUCACCUUCGCCAAGCUGCCCGACUUUGCCGACACACUCGAGCACCCACUGCGAGUGCCCAAGCCCAACAUCAUCGAGCUCAUUGCCAUGGACCUGCCCAUGGUCAGCGGCGACCGCAUCCACUGCCUGGACAUCCUCUUCGCCUUCACCAAGCGUGUGCUGGGCGACAGCGGCGACCUGGACAUGAUGCGACAGCAGAUGGAGGAGCGUUUCGUGGCAGCCAAUCCAUCCAAGGUGUCCUACGAGCCCAUCACCACCACCCUGCGUCGCAAACAGGAGGAGGUGUCGGCUGUGGUCAUCCAGCGGGCCUACCGGUCUUACCUGGCGCGGUCCGGCUUCAUCUGCAAACGUCGGCGCGCCAACAACAAGUUGGAGAAUGGAGAAACCAAUCAGGAAAAGAAGGAGAACACACCCUCGACCGCGUCAUUGCCGUCGUAUGACAGCGUCACCAAGCCCGAGAAGGACAAGCAUGAAGAAAACGAGGGCAAAGGGCGCAAGGAAAAGGGCCGAAACCAAAAAGACGUCAGGGAGUCCAAGUGUUAGGCUGUCACCUCUCCCUGAGACUUUUCAUACCAAUAAUACUAAGAAUAAUAACAUAACUAUUAACUUCAAGCAAAAGAAAGAGAGAAUCUAAUCACACAUGUACAGAUAAAAAUUUCAUUUGCAAGUUAACAAACAAAAAAAAAGAUAUUCAAAAAUAAGAAUAAGAAACAAAAAAUUGUUUACAGACUUCACCGGUCUAACAGUGGAGAGAGAGAGAGUGGAGCAGUUUCCUUGAACCUUGAAGACUCUUUAAGAUGAAAUCAAACAUUAUCUGCUUUUGUCCUAUUUUGUUGCAUCCAAACUUAGACUCAAAAACAUACAGACACUGAGCUGCAGACCUGCAGUGGUGGAGGUGUUCAGA